AUGUGGCUCCGGGCUCUGCUCUGGGCUUCUCUUGCUGUUUGCACAGUUUGGGGACACCCACCCUCACCUCCAGUGGUGGACACUGUUCAUGGCAAAGUCCUGGGGAAGUAUGUAAGCUUAGAAGGAUUCACACAGCCUGUGGCCGUCUUUCUGGGAGUCCCCUUUGCCAAGCCUCCCCUUGGUUCCCUGAGGUUUGUUCCACCACAGUCUCCAGAGCCCUGGAACUUUGUGAAGAAUGCCACCUCCUACCCACCUAUGUGUUCUCAGGAUGCAGUUGGAGGACAGGUGCUCUCAGAGCUUUUCACCAACAGAAAGGAGAGCAUCCCUCUACAGUUUUCUGAAGACUGUCUCUACCUGAAUAUAUACACCCCUGCCGAUUUGACAAAAAGCAGCCGAUUGCCAGUGAUGGUGUGGAUUCAUGGAGGUGGAUUGAUGGUAGGCGGAGCAUCAACCUAUGAUGGACUAGCACUCUCUGCCUAUGAAAACGUGGUGGUGGUCAUGAUUCAAUAUCGCCUGGGUGUUUUCGGAUUGCUCAGCACAGGCGAUGAACAUAGCCCUGGGAACUGGGGUCAUCUGGACCAGGUGGCUGCACUACACUGGGUCCAGGAUAACAUUGCAAACUUUGGAGGGAACCCAGGUUCUGUGACCAUCUUUGGAGAGUCAGCAGGAGGUGCAAGUGUCUCUGUUCUUGUAUUGUCUCCUCUGGCCAAGAACCUCUUCCACAGAGCCAUUUCUGAGAGUGGUGUGGUGAUCAGUACAGGCCUGGUCAAGAAGAACACCCAGUCUGUGACUGAACUGAUUGCUACAAUUUCUGGCUGUAAAACCAUCACAUCAGCUGUCAUGGUUCACUGCCUGCAAGAGAAGACAGCGAAGGAGCUCUUGGAGGUUACACUGAAAUUGGUACCUGAAAAUCCCUCCUUGUCCACUGUGAUUGAUGGAGUGUUGCUGCCAAAGACUCCAGAAGAGAUCCUGGCUGAGAAGAGCUUCAACAUUGUCCCCUACAUGGUGGGCAUCAACAAGAAGGAGUUUGGCUGGAUCAUUCCAAUGAUGAUGGGCUUAGAAGACAAGAUGGAUGAGAAAAUGGCCAGUACCCUCCUGUUGAAGUUCCACUCUGUUCUUAACAUCUCUAAGAAUAUGAUUCCAGCAGUCAUUGAGAAGUAUUUAGGACAAGCAGACGACCCUGUCAAAAAGAAAGACCUUCUCCUGGACCUGUUUGGGGAUAUAUUUAUGGGUAUUCCAUCUGUUCUCAUGUCCCGUGCCCUCAGAGAUGCAGGAGUUCCUACCUACAUGUAUGAGUUUCAAUAUCGACCAAGCUUUGUAUCUGAAAAGAGACCCAAGACAAUGAUAGGAGACCAUGGUGAUGAAAUCUUCUCUGUAUUUGGGGCUCCAUUUUUAAAAGGGGGCGCUGCAGAAGAGGAGACCAACCUCAGCAAGAUGGUGAUGAAAUACUGGGCCAACUUUGCUAGAAAUGGGAAUCCCAAUGGGAAGGGGUUGCCACACUGGCCAGAGUAUGAUCAGAAGGAAGGGUACCUGCAGAUUGGAGCCACCACCCAGCAAGCCCAGAGACUGAAAGGGGAGGAAGUUGCUUUCUGGACUGAACUUCUGGCUAAGAAGACACCUCGGACAGAACACGCUGAGCUAUGA